GAGCCAGCAUCCAGCCGGGCCGUCUCAUCGACACUCGACUCGCAUUCCUGUUUGGCGGAUUCACCACUUUUUGGUGUCAGAAUUUAAAAUGAAAACUCAAAUUUACCUAUUUCAGAAACCCUUACUGUCCAGGAAAACAGAAUCAGGAGAUAUUUCCGUUCCUUGAAUUUUUUUUCUCUGCUGGCGUCCACAGUAUCUACCCCGAGCGCGCGAGGACCGUGGGUCGAAAGCGGCGACGCAGACGCUCAGACCGCUGUUCCGGCGCGCAGUCGCGGCGGCCCCUCGGGCCCGCCCCCGCCCCCGCCGGAGUCCGACGUGGAAGUUGCUGGCAGAGCAGGCUUGCUGGGAAGCAACCUGGGAACCGCAGCCCCAGGCCAAGGCGAACGGAGGUGGCGGCGCAGGGGCUUGAACAGGAAUCGCUGCCGAGGCCGGGGCCUGUCUCUGAGGAUCAGCGAGGGCGGACAGGCGGUUCAUCAUGGGUGGCUUUUUCUCAAGUAUUUUUUCCAGUCUGUUUGGAACUCGGGAAAUGAGGAUUUUAAUUCUGGGAUUAGAUGGAGCAGGAAAAACCACAAUUUUGUACAGAUUACAGGUUGGAGAAGUCGUUACUACUAUUCCUACCAUCGGAUUUAAUGUAGAGACGGUGACAUACAAAAACCUUAAAUUCCAAGUGUGGGACUUAGGAGGACAGACAAGUAUCAGGCCAUACUGGAGAUGUUAUUAUUCAAACACAGAUGCAGUUAUUUAUGUAGUAGACAGUUGUGACCGAGACCGAAUUGGCAUUUCCAAAUCAGAGUUAGUUGCCAUGUUGGAGGAAGAAGAGCUGAGAAAAGCCAUUUUAGUGGUGUUUGCAAAUAAGCAGGACAUGGAACAGGCCAUGACCCCUUCAGAGAUGGCAAAUUCACUUGGGUUACCUGCCUUGAAAGACCGAAAAUGGCAAAUAUUCAAAACAUCAGCAACCAAAGGCACUGGCCUUGAUGAGGCAAUGGAAUGGUUGGUUGAAACAUUAAAAAGCAGACAGUAAUUCAGUCCCUUCAGCUCCUCUGAAACUAAGGGUAUGUCACGUAUCGCUUUGGAAACAGUCAAGUGUUUUUUACACUACUAAAUGUUAAAACUAUAUGAUUGUUGUCAUAUACUGAACUGACUGCAAUGUUUGUAAUAAAUAUGAAAAAUAAGCAUUUGGUUGGAGGGGUAACUCAAUUGAAUCACCUGAAUGUUCUGUGCAAUGUAAAAUAUUCCUUCCUUGCUUUCUUGUGUUAAGGUAUAUAUUCUAUUUGUAUGGAAUUCUAUUCAAAUAUAGUUCUAUUAAAGAAUGUGCUCUUGUUGGGGAAAAAACCCUGCUAUUUUUGAAUUAGUAGUUGUAGCUUGUUUGUACAAACACUAACAAAUAACUCAGAUUUUUCUUCUCUUGAAAUGAACUCUUUCCAAAGAUUAGACUCAGUAGAGUAGGCUAGGAACAUAGUGUGCAUAAUAUAGUCUUAAUCUGCUUAACUGACCACUUCUUAUUAAACUAUUUCAUUUAAAAGCUUUUGGUUAUAGGCAUGACUAUUAUUUUGGUGGUUGAACUUCAAUGACUUACCUGUAAUUGUCAUUUUAUAGUACUUUAUAGUUGUCAGAAAACUUUUAUGUAUAUUGACCUCGUGUCCUAGUUGAUCUACACGGGCACCCGGUGAGGUAGGUAGGACAGGUUACAGUAUCUUCACUUUAUGGACAUGGACCCAGGGUUUUGAUAGGUUGGCUUGACCAAGGUCACCUGCUAGUUAAAUGGGUAUAGGGCUCAAAGUAAGACUUUUGGGUCAGAAGCUUGACUGAUAAUCUACACUGUAUAUUCCUGAAAAUAGCAACAUCAACACAGAUAACCUAACUCUCAAAUAAAAUUAUGCUAAUAAAA